CUGGGAGGAGAAAGCUGGAGUAGUGGGCAGGGCCGGGGCCCGUGAAGGCGGUUCCGGGGCGGGACGUCGGAAAGUGCACGGACCUAAGUGUCACCACGGUAGCAAUGGCGAUUUUUAGUGUGUACGUGGUGAACAAAGCUGGCGGCCUGAUUUACCAGUUUGAUAGCUACGCGCCACGAGCUGAGGCUGAGAAAACUUUCAGUUACCCUCUGGACCUGCUGCUCAAGCUGCACGACGAGCGUGUGCUGGUCGCCUUCGGCCAGCGCGACGGCAUCCGGGUGGGCCACGCAGUGCUGGCCAUCAACGGCAUAGACGUGAACGGCAAGUACACGGCCGACGGGAAAGAGGUGCUGGAGUAUCUGGGUAACCCUGCUAAUUACCCGGUGUCCAUUAGAUUCGGCCGUCCCCGUCUCACCUCCAACGAGAAACUCAUGCUGGCCUCCAUGUUCCACUCGCUCUUUGCCAUUGGCUCCCAGCUGUCUCCUGAACAAGGAAGCUCAGGCAUUGAAAUGCUGGAGACUGACACAUUCAAACUGCACUGCUUCCAGACACUGACAGGGAUCAAGUUUGUGGUGCUGGCAGAUCCUAGGCAAGCUGGAAUAGAUUCUCUUCUCCGAAAAAUUUAUGAGAUUUACUCGGACUUUGCCCUCAAGAAUCCAUUCUAUUCCUUGGAAAUGCCUAUCAGAUGUGAGCUGUUUGAUCAAAACCUGAAGUUAGCUCUGGAGGUGGCAGAAAAGGCUGGAACUUUUGGACCUGGGUCAUAAACUGAACCUGCCAUGGACUCCCAAAUGAGAGCUCCUGUAGCAGGGGUUCUGCUGUUUCCACUCCAGGAGGGAUCUGUUGCAGCAGCCUUGACAUGCACUUGAAAAUGACAGAACACUGAGCCUGAUGACAAUAGUGAUCCCUAAGCUGGAAUGCUAUGCUCUCUUCCCCUCAGUAUAUAUCAUGGUGCUGCUUCCCACUCUGUACAGAUUUAUUUAUGAAGGAGGUAGGCCUGUGAAUGCUGUAAUUAAACAUUCCUUUGUUCCAGUGUUUGC